UCAACCAGCAAUUGCUUUUCUCUCUUCUCCCCUCUCGAUUAGUAUAGCAGAGGUACCGCAGAAAGCAUUACCGAUCCGAGCCAUGUCAGGGAAUAGCCCCGACACGGCGGGCACGCCGGCGGGCGCCGUGGAAGGUCAUCACAGGUUCAGCGGGCGCGUCCUGCUCACGACCGUCCUCAGCAUCCUCGCGCUCAUCGUCGUCUUCGUCUUCAUCCCCCUCCUGCUGUACGUGUUCGGGGUUCGCUCCGCCGCCGGCGGACGCGGCCGCGGCCGCGGGGGACUCGCGGCCGGCAUCCGGCGGUCUAUGAUCAGCUCGUUCGGCAGAAUCAGCAGGCGGCGCGGUCUGGACGCGUCCGCGCUGUCCGCGCUGCCGGUCACGGCGUACCGGAAGAAGAAGCAGGAGCGCCGCGCUGGCGCGUCCGCCGGCGGUGGAGGGCCUGACUCUGACUGCGCCGUGUGCCUGUCGGAGCUCGCGGACGGGGACAAGGUGCGUGAGCUGCCCAACUGCGGCCACGUGUUCCACUUGGAGUGCGUCGACGCGUGGCUGCGGUCCAGGACGACGUGCCCGCUCUGCCGGGCCGAAGCGGAAUCUCCGGGACCUAUGGGGAAUGGCGAGGCGGAGGCGGCGCAGCCGUCGGCAACGGAGCCGCCGCCGCAACCGGCGUUGUUUGGUGCAGGAGGGACCUUGAUGGCUUGAUCAUAACAGGACAUGGCUUUCCGGAUGACAGAGAGGCAGAGAGACGUCCGCGCGUCAACGUCGGCGGGGCCUGGUCAAUUGGUAUCUUCCUAUUCCUACGCCUAGAUUUGCAGGGAAAAUUUCCGCCCAAAUAAAUUGUAUAAAGUCACUGACUUUAACUUUAAGUCAGGGAUCCAAGUUGAUCAGUAGACCAUAGUUUUGCAUAUUGGACGGAUGAUCCAGUCCGUGAGGCUAUCGGUUUAGAUUUUUACAGGUCGAACCGUUGAUUCAAUGUUCUCUUUUUUAAAUAUAAAAUGAUAUAUUUAUAAA